UGACGUCAUUGAAAUGCUGCGUUGCUGCUGGCGUCUUUUAUUUUAUCCGUGAUCCGUGUCUGUGAGCUGUGAGAGUUGGUUGCGAAUUCCGAAGUGAUCGUUCAGCGCAUCGAGGCUCACAAACUUUGUCUUAAAAUCGAUAUUCCGGUUAGAGCCGAAGAAACCAGACUGUCCAGUGUGUCCUGUCCAGUUGACUUUGAGCAGUGUUUGCAGGCAACGGUUGUUGUGCAGCGGUUUGAAGGAUCCAACUUCUUCUCCCUCGCACGUGCAGCGAGAACACGUGGAAAUUCGAUGACGGCAGACAAAAGACGCUGAAGAGGAGGAGGAGAUGCUGCCCCUCUCCUGGUGCUCCUGAGAGCCGCGGUCUCAGUCGACGGACUCGUCCGUCAGUGUGUUGCUGCGUUGAGGACCAAACGGCGCGCUUGUCGAACACACCGUCUGCACACUCAAGUGAUGGACUGUAACUGCCCUGUGACGACGGUAGGGCCGAGCCUGGCCUCCGUGUGCGGAGGGGCUCCGUUCAUGCUGUUCAUGGGCCUGCUCGAGGUUUUCAUUCGCUCGCAAUGUGACCUCGAAGACCCGUGCAGGAGACCAGGGCCGACGCCACCGCAGCUCGGAGGGCGAUUGUUGCUCGAUCCACCUCAUUACGACUUCAUUGUUGUCGGAGGCGGCUCGGCCGGAUCCGUCGUGGCUGCCAGACUGUCCGAAGUAGCCAACUGGAACGUGCUCCUCAUUGAAGCCGGCGGCAACGAGCCAACUGGCGUUCAGGUUCCUUCAAUGUUCCUCAACUACUUGGGCAGCGACAUCGACUGGAAGUACCACACCGAGCCGGAGGACAACGCGUGUUUGGGCGAAGAGGGCCGCAAGUGUUACUGGCCUCGCGGCAAAGUUCUGGGCGGCACCAGCGUCAUCAACGGGAUGAUGUACAUGCGCGGCAGCCGGAGGGACUUUGACCAGUGGGCCGAGGCGGGCAACAACGGCUGGUCCUACAACGAGGUGCUGCCCUACUUCCUCAAGUCCGAGGACAACCAGCAGAUGGACGAGAUGGACCGCGGGUACCACGCGACCGGCGGCUACCUCACGGUCACGCGCUUCCCGUACCACCCGCCGCUGUCCUACGCCAUCCUCGAGGCCGGACGCGAACUCGGCUACGACACGCGCGACGUCAACGGCGAGAAACACACCGGCUUCAUGAUCGCGCAGACGACGUCGCGCAACGGCUCGCGCCUCAGCACGGCCAAGGCCUUCCUGCGUCCCGUCCUCAACGAGCGGCCCAACCUGCACGUCCUGCUCAACUCGACGGCCACCAAGAUCCUCAUCGACCCGUCCAACAAGCGCGCGUACGGCGUCGAGUUCCUCCGAGACAACGUCACGCACCGCGUGUACGCCCGCAAGGAAAUCGUCGUCAGCGGCGGCGCCGUCAACUCGCCGCAGAUCCUCCUCCUGUCCGGCGUCGGCCCCAAGGAGGACCUCCAGCCCCUGGGCGUGCCCGUCGUCCACGAUCUGCCCGGCGUCGGCCGCAACUUGCACAACCACGUCGCCUACUUCGUCGGCUUCACCAUGAACGACACGGACACGAAACCCCUCAACUGGGCCACCGCCAUGGAGUACCUCUUGUUCCGCGACGGUCUGAUGGCCGGCACGGGCAUCUCCGAGACCACCGCCCUGGUCAACACCAAGUACGCCGACCCUGCCGCCGACCACCCCGACCUGCAGCUCUUCUUCGGCGGCUACCUCGCCGACUGCGCCAAGACCGGACAGGUCGGCGAACUGGGCGGCGAGAACGUCAACUCGUCGCGCUACAUCGUCAUGUUCCCCGCGCUGCUGCACCCCAAGUCGCGAGGGCAGAUCAAGCUGAAGACGGCCAACCCCACGGACGCUCCGGCCAUCUACGCCAGGUACCUGACCGAGCCCGAGGACGUGAAGCGGCUGGUCGAGGGCGUCAAGUUCGCCGUGCGCUUGGGAGAGACGCAGGCGCUGAAGCGGUACGGCUUCAAGCUGGACACGACCAAGGUCAAGGGUUGCGAGCAGUUCACGUUCAACACGGACGCCUACUGGGAGUGCGCCGUGCGCUUCAAGACGGGCCCCGAGAAUCACCAGGCCGGCUCCUGCAAGAUGGCGCCGCCCUCCGACCCUGACGCGGUCGUCGACAGCGAGCUCAGGGUGUACGGCGUGGCCGGACUCAGGGUGGCCGACGCCUCCAUCAUGCCCACGGUCACCAGCGGCAACACGAACGCGCCGGCCGUCAUGAUCGCCGAGAAGGCCGCCGACUCCAUCAAGGCCACUUGGUUAUCCAGGAAAACGUACACCAAGGAAGUCUAAAGAAGUCAAGUGUUUUUUAUAUUUUAGUUCGUCCCCAACUUGCUUCAAGCCAUUUUUUUCUACAUACAAAACACUUUGAGGAAUUUAUUAUUUAAAAAGGUAGUGUUAUUAAUUUAAUUUUAUAAAAGACUCUCUUCCUCAUCGACUUCAUAUUACACUGUACAGCCUUUAAAAAUUAAUUCUCAACAAGCAUUAUUAUUUGCUCUUCUCAUUUUUGCGCACAAAAAUCUGAAAGGAGCACCAGUUAAUUUAUAUAAAUUUAAUUUCAUGAGGAUUCUCUUUGCACUCUCACUGAAAUUAGCUUUUGUUCUGCACAUAAAUAAACCUCCAUAUUCACGCCGCGAUAGUCCUGAUCUGGUAUGCGUGCAAUGCGCGAGGCGUAAUUAUUUCCGUUGCCUAAUUGUUCCGAUUGUGUACAUGGGCUUUUGCGUACACACAAUAACAUUAUUAAAACCAACUCACUAUUUAUUUAAUGGCAGAAUUAGGCUAGGAUUACCGGCGAAAUUUAAAAAGGUAAUUCCGCCAUGCUAUUACCCAUACAAAGUGAAAGUUGUCAGAGUGGUUGUUACACAAAGCAACCAUUAUUAAAUCUUUGUAUAAAUUAUACACAUUUUUACAUAUUACGAAACUGUCCUUAUCUUUUUGUGAUAAUGUUAGUAUUUGUUUUUUGCCUCCCAUCCGAUCCUGUUCAAUAACUCUGUGUUUUUUGUCCAUUAAAAUCAUUACUUCAUCUUAAAUACAAA